AAUUUGGUCAACCUCACAUACGAACUAGAUAAUUUUUAUUAUUUUUUAUUAGCUAUUUAUGCAUUUGUGUUGACACUUCGCCAUCUGACUUUUUCUUUUCAGGCGCCAAUGGCCUUCUAUCCUACAUGGCAAGCCGACCCCUCACAGGGCUGGCAGAAUCAGUUUAUCCAGCAAAUCCCACAGAAUACUCCACCCAUUUCAUCGCUCAACUCGUUGGAUUUCCAAACGCAGUCAUAUGCCUACCCAUCAAAUGGAUAUGUGCAGACCGGCCUCGGAUUCGAUCCGAAUUAUGGGCGCUCCCCAUAUGGUGCUCCGGUACAGCGUUACGAUUUCCAGAGCCAGCAACUACCGACUGCGCCCAUUAACCAAGUUGGCCUGCAGGGUGUUGGUUUCAGUCCGGCCGCUGUUACGUACGCCGGUCAGGUGUCGGCAGCACCAGCUCCACCCGCAGUUGGUUUGCAACAACAGCAGCACUUGGGUGUAUCUGGUGAUUUGAAUAAGACGAUGUCGGGAAACGACACGCCUGGAUAUCCGCGAGUGAGCAGCGUGCCGCCGCGCUCACUCAACUGUAACGGGUAUUCAGGCGACUACAGCGGCUCAAGUCAACAGCAAACGUCUGCAUCAAACAACAGCUCAGCUACGGUAGCAGGCUCCGCUCUUGCCGGAAGCAACUCGAGCACUACUCCACUCAAUGGCGGUCAAACUACAGCAGCACCGUCAUCGGCUCCAACGGAUGCAACACCAAUGCAACCGCCUAACGUCUCGUCUGUGCCACAAUCGCCGACGCGUAAUCUGAUGCAACAACAACAGCAGCAACAACAACCCCGCCAUGUUUCUCAAUCACCGAACCAUAUUCCUCAAUCGCCCAACGGCAAUAUGCCUUCGGCUCAACAAACCUACGGUGCCAACAUUCCACCCUCGUCACAUCAUAACUCUAUGCAACAGCAGCAGCAGCAGCAACAACAACAACAACAACAACAACAAGCACAGAAUCAUAUUUCGUCGCCACCACAAUCGCAGCAACAACAACAAAUGCAACAGGACUGGAAUUGGAACACCCAGCCCCAGCAGACAUCUGCAGUUGGCGCUGCAACGGACCCUUACCAGCAGGGCGAACGUGUGAAUCUCAACACACGCAUCAAAUCGAUGAUACUUCGCAAAAACGAUCCCAAAGAUCCUCUAUCGAGUGCUCCAAGUGAUCUGCAUAUGUCCAACAAUCCGGGAGCUAUUGGUUCCGGCCCUACCGCGCUCGGUACAUCGCAACAACCACAGGCCGGUCAUUUUUUAUCAUAUAGCCACCAUCUCCGCGGCGAUUCAGUGAUGAACGCCAAUGGUACGACUGGUGCUAAUAUAUCCGGCACACAGUCUUCACAGCAGCAACAUCAACAACAGCAGCAAAUGCAGGGCAUUCAAACGUCCAGUAGUGUGGGCCUUACACCCGGACAUAGCACAUUAGCGCCAGAACCAAUAGGAGGUGGUGGCGAUCAAAUUUGGAAACCACACCAUACAAAUUCGUUUAAGAAACCAGUGGCAAGUAGUUUUCCAGCACCCGAACAUCACCAUCAACAACAGCAUACUACAAUCAGUCAUGGUGGGCACACCACCAUUGCACAUUCUGAACCACAACCAAAAAAAUCGAGUCGUAAAAGUAAAAGUCGGGCGGCAGCAGCAGAGGCAGCAGAACAUGAUAAAAAUAGUAAUGAUCCUGGUGGUGGGCUGCAUGGUCCUGUACAUGGUUCACACAGCAUAAAAUCUAUGGAUAAGACUGGCUACCCUCCCUCCCAUGGCUAUCCGCCGCCACAACAUCCCGACUACCACACACCGUACAUCAAAACUGAGCCCGGCCUCUUGCCCACCCAGCAUACCAAAAUGGAGGGCUAUGAACGCAACUACCAAAAUUUUAUACAAUAUGCUGAUUUUUGCCAGAACGAAGUGCAGGGCAUGCCAUCACAACAGCAACACCAUCAGAACCAGCAGGACUAUGCGAGUUAUCACAACUCACCAUACUACGGCAGCUCAAGCUCAUUCCAACAGAGCUAUCAACAGAACUUCGUACCAGGCUAUCAGCAUUCAUCAGCAGGCAUGGGUUACGGCAGCACGCAUGGCAUGCAUCCGCAUCAUUCAAGCUCUUUGGGACAUUCUAGCCACCUGAAAGCGUCCAAUGGGCCACUAAUGAAGAGUAGUAAUAGCGUCGGUUUGCAUCAUCACAACAAUCACUUGAUGGAUAUUGAUCGGAAGCCAGAUACCAAUAGCAUUAUACCCUUACCCACAAACUACGAGAAGGACAUACCAGCGCAUGCCUAUCCCAUACCACCUCAUCGGUACCAUCUAGGCCCAACACCUUCCCAUUUAGGUCACACCAUGAUCGAGCCCAAAAUUGAAGACAUGGGCGUACUGGGCCAUAACGCCGGUUACCCAUUUUUAGGCGAAGGCGGGCCGGCGGCCAUCAAAAAUAGUAGUGGCUUUUCGUGUUGUCGUCAAGGCAGCACCCGCACACCCACCGCUGAACACCUCAAGGAUGGGACUUGUACAGGCAUCCAGACCAAGGACGAAAUCAUGGAGGAGCCGGUAGAGGAGCCAGCAGAAAUUAGCUGUGGCACGAAGCCUAAGAAGAAGGGUGCAAAGCAAGAAGAUAAUGAAAUUGUGGUUAAGCAUGAAAAAAUCAAUCCUUUGUUCGAUACCUCAGAUCGGCUGGAAAAGGGCAAUAAGACGGAGAUACCUGAGUGCGAAUGCUUCCAUUCCGAUAAAAAUCCACCAGAACCAGGAACAUACUAUACCCAUCUCGGCACUGCUUCGACACUGGCCGAGUUGCGUAGAGAAUUCGAAGAGCGUUGCCAGAUAUCCGGUAGGCAGCUGCGUAUAGAGAAAAUCAUUUACACAGGCAAGGAAGGCAAAACAACCCAAGGUUGUCCACUAGCGAAAUGGGUUAUCAGGCGCGCCGAUCCAGAAGAAAAAAUUUUGGUUGUUGUAAAGAAGCGGCCAGGGCAUAGGUGCGCAGCAGCUUUUAUAAUUGUUUGUAUGGUUGCUUGGGAUGGUAUGCCACGUCUUGAGGCGGAUAAUGCUUAUAAAAAUCUGAUACCAAAGCUCAAUAAAUUCGGACUUCCAACAACGCGCCGUUGUGCCACAAACGAAAGUCGCACAUGUGCGUGUCAAGGCCUCGAUCCAGAAACUUCAGCUGCAUCCUACAGUUUUGGCUGCUCUUGGUCUAUGUACUACAACGGGUGUAAGUAUGCCCGCUCAAAGACUGUGCGCAAAUUCCGACUCUCUGUAAAGAGCGAAGAGUCGGUUAUCGAGGAUCAUAUGAAUCUUUUAGCCACGGCAUUGGCGCCGUUGUUCAAACAAGUAUGCCCUCGGUCAUAUGACAAUCAAACUAAGUACGAGAAGGAAGCGACAGACUGUCGACUCGGCCUGGAAACUGGCCGACCUUUCUCGGGCGUUACCGCUUGCCUAGAUUUUUGUGCACACGCUCAUAGAGAUCUGCAUAAUAUGCAGGACGGGUGUACAGUGCAGGUGGCACUGCUGAAGCCUUCCAACCGUGAUGGCCGUCCGCCUGACGAUGAGCAGCUACACGUGCUGCCGCUCUACACCAUGGACACAACGGACGAAUUUGAGAGUAUGGAGGGCCAACGGGAGAAACAUCGCACCGGUGCGGUGCAAGUAUUGGACAAAUUU